GAAGCUUGCGCGCACCGGUCAAUUUAUUUAAUGGAGUCUGCAAGUCGGCGCAAUCUCAACGCCCGUCCCAACCAAGGAUAACCCCAGACCUUCUUUUCAACAAACAAACCUUGAGUAUAACAGGAGCAUCCCCCGUUGCGCUGUGACCCCUCUCGUUCGUGCUGCACCUCGCGUUCUCUCUUUAAUUCUCCUGUCCCGAUUUCCGUGGCUAUCUUGGAAAAUUGAUCGCUCUGGGGGAACCGGCACUGAACAUCAUCUCGGCGCUCUCUAGUACUCUUCAAGAUGCGUCUCACGCAGGCGCUUCUCUCGUCUGCGCUGACGGCGCUCUCCAUUGCUGCCACCACAGACACUCUCAAUGCGACGACAACCAGUGAAGGAGGCUCAGAUGCGACGUCCGGGUCCGCGGAGCCCUACAAGCUCCAGACCCCGCCUCUCGACACGGAUUGGACAUCCAAGGUCGGGAGAAACCCUUGGCCGGAGCACCCACGACCGCAGCUGCGCCGAGAGAAGUGGCUGAACCUGAACGGCAUCUGGACCUACCGGGCCGCGAGCGGAGGUGAUGAUGUCAACCACCCACCUUCCGGCAGCACGCUGGACAGGGAGGUCCUGAUCCCGUCGUGCAUUGAGAGCGGACUCUCCGGGCUCCAGGAGCUCGGCGUGACGCACUUUUGGCUGGCGACGACGUUCCAAGUGCCCAGAGACUGGGGCAAUCAGUCGGUGCUCAUCAACUUUGAGGCCGUCGACUACGAGGCGACCGUGUUCAUCAACGGCCAGAAGGCCGGGUUCCACCGCGGAGGAUACUUCCGCUUCACGAUCGACGCGACGAAGUACCUCAAACCCGGCGGAAACAACACUUUGCUAGUGUUUGUCUUUGACCCCACGGAUGAGCAAGGCUACGUCAUUCCAAUCGGCAAACAGACUAGGUCUCCUUCGCACAUUUUCUACCGUUCAUGCUCCGGCAUCUGGCAGACGGUCUGGCUGGAGAGCACUCCUCAAAACCGCAUCACCCAGUUGGACGUGGCCGCUGACCAUCAAGGAAAUGUCAACGUGCUUGUUCACAGCUACUCCAGCCCGCCGUCGCAAGUGCACAUUGCUGUCAUUGACAAGAAUGGCCAGACUAUAGGGGAGAGCGACGGAACUUCCGACACCCCCUUCAACUUCACCGUGCCUUCGCCUGACGUCUGGUCGCCGUCAAACCCCAAUCUGUACAACAUUACGGUGACGAUGGGCCGGGACAAGGUUUCGAGCUACACCGGCUUCCGCACAAUCUCUACCGGCAUGGUUGAUGGAAUCAAGCGCCCUCUGCUGAAUGGAGAGUUCAUCUUCAUGUUCGGAACCCUCGACCAGGGAUACUGGCCCGACGGGCUUCACCUGCCGCCGAGCGUGGAGGCUAUGACUUAUGACCUGAAAGUGCUCAAGAACCUUGGCAUGAAUAUGGUUCGCAAGCACGUCAAAGUUGAGCCUGACUUGUUCUAUCACGCUUGUGACACGCUCGGCCUCCUCGUCAUCCAGGACAUGCCAAGCCUCACAGCCGACUCUUCGCGUCUGCCGAACCCCGAGCAGCAGGCCGAGUUCGAGCGCCAGCUGCAGAUCAUGAUCCAAGAGCACAAGAGCUACACCAGCAUCGUCACCUGGACCAUCUUCAACGAAGGCUGGGGCCAGCUCAGGAACCCGCCCUACCCAGAGGGGAGCCUCGUAGACGUCGUCCGCAAAAUCGACCCCACGAGACUCGUCAACGCCAACAGCGGCUGGUACGAUCAUGGAUUCGGCGACUACUCGGACAAUCACCACUACGCCAAUCCCCAGUGUGGCACGCCGUUUUAUUCUCUCGCUUCGACGCCUUAUGACAAGUCGCGCAUCGGGCUUCAAGGCGAAUUCGGUGGCAUCGGGCACAACGUCUCCAUCGAGCAUCUCUGGAACGUGCAGCAGGCGAUCGAUACCAUCAACCAGACCUACGAGAUCAACGAGAACCUCGAGGCCUACAACUACCGUGGCCGAGUGCUUCUCAGGGAGUUCCGUGAGCAGGUGGAGAUGUACGCGUGCAGCGGCGGCGUCUGGACGCAGACGAGCGAUGUCGAGGGCGAGGUCAACGGCCUGCUCACGUACGACCGCCGCGUCAUCCGGCCCGACAUCGCUCAGUGGCAGGUGGACAUCAAGAGCUUGUUCGACGCCGCCCAGGCCAGGAGUGGCCCUGUGAACGCUACCAUGUAAGCAGUGACGGCCGCGCGCCAGCGUUUUUAUCUUUUAUUUUUUUCUUUUAUCGAUUUUGUUUAUACACAACUAUCUUGAGAGAGACAGUAAUGCUAAAGAUGAGAUGUCCUCAUGAACAGUCCAGUCGAGGACGAGGGCCAGAUAAGAAUCGUGUAGUCCUGACUGCUUGAUGUUCAAAGAACCGGCUGUUUUCUUUUGAGAUACUUCGCCGGUGAUGUAAUUCUAGAUAGAGAUUAUGCAGUAUUGACGCGUAUCUUGGUCAAAUUUCACCUCUCAUUUGCAGCUAGGUCCAUUC